AGGUUAAGGCUGAUAUUGAACAUAAGAAUGAUGAGAUGAAGGUGGCCAUUAAGAAUGACACUUCCACUUUGGGACUAUAAUGCGAGGUUUACAUUUCCAUUGUAACGCAAGAACUUCUUGACACCAUUAACAGCAACCAUGGAUACCAUAUUGGCCAGGGGCCUCUGUACAUUGGCCAUACUUGCUGUGAACUUCAUUGCAUGCAUACUGCCCCUCAAGAUCAUUCCACGAGACCCUAACAGAGUCCUAAGCUCCAAGUCUGAGAGGAUCAUCAGCUUUUGCAACUGCUUUGCUGGUGGUGUCUUCCUGGGGACAUGCUUCAUUGCUCUCUUGCCAAAUAUACAUGAGAAGUUUAAUAACAUUUUAAAGAAAGAGGAUAUACAUAUUGAUUACCCUGUAACUGAAUUUGCAGUUGUUUUAGGGUUUUUCCUUGUUGUCUUCAUAGAGAAAGCAGUUAUGAAAUGCAAUAAAAAUGGAUAUAGUCACUUGGACAGUGAUACAGACGCUGAGUUAGAAUUAAACUCAAUCAAGUCAAAGAGCCCUAUGCCAAGACAAUUAAAGAGCUCAAGAACACCUAAAGAGAUUACCAGAAAGAUCAAAUCACACAGGAAUAAAUCAAAUAAUUCUGCUGUGACCACCUCAUCAACAUCAUCCACUUCUGGAGAUGAUAGUGAUCAGGAGGUGUACAAUAGUUUGAUUACACAUAAACAAGCAGCUGACCCAAGUCAUGUUGCUUGCAAUACCAGUAAAGAACAUGGUCAUAGAAGUGGACAUAAUAAUGGUCACGGCCAUAGCCAUAUGAUAAUACCUGAAGGUUCACGGACUGCUGGACUUAGGAGCUUUAUUUUGCUCCUAGCAUUAAGCAUUCAUGGUAUAUUUGAAGGUAUGGUGCUAGGGCUACAAACUGAUCUCACCAAAAUAAUUAAUUUAUUUAUAGCAAUUUUAAUUCAUGAAAGUCUAGUUUCAUUUGCUCUUGGGAUGAACCUUGCAAAAUCUAACCUUAGAGUAGCAACGAUCAUUAAACUUUCAAUAGUGUUUGUAAUAAUGAUCCCUAUUGGUGUAGCUAUUGGGAUUGGGUUAGGGGAAGUCAAAGGAUUUGGUGGGAGUUUAGUCGCAAUACUUUUUGAGGCACUGGCUGCAGGUACAUUCUUGUAUGUCCUUUUCUUAGAGAUUUUACCUGGUGAAAUCUCAAAUGAUCAAGAUCCCCUACUGAAACUGCUCUUCAUUUUUAUUGGUUUUGUAGUCCUAUCUUGUCUUCCUCUUCUUAAUAUGGAUAAUGGUCACUGAUGAUCAUCAUCCACUUAUUCAUUUGCUCAUAUUGUAAAAGACUCUCAUCACUUCACAAUUUCAAUCAUUUUAUAAUGAUCCAAAAAUAUGUGUAAAAGUAAUAAAUUAUGCCAUAAAAAUAACCAACACCAAAAAUUGCAAUUUAUUCACAGUGAAAAUCAAUGUGCAAUGGCUCAAGAUAAAGCUCAGAUUAUAUAUAUGCUUUAUCAGUUUACAUAUUAAUGUAUUUUUCAUGAAUUGGGUAAGGGCCAAUAUUCCAUUUGAACAUUACAUGUAUAUGCAUCACGGCAGGGUAGUCAAACAGCAUGCCUACUAAUAGGCCACAUCUUUUGUCUUUACCGCAACUGCAAUAUUAUAAGAUAUUCUGUAUUGGCACUCUACUUCGUCUCGUUCCAAUACAGAAUUUCUCAAGCAGAAUAUAUCCUGUAUUGCACUUCAAAUCAUUC